UUUAAUGCAUACUUUAUCAAAGAUGGACUUAUUUUAUAAAGUAAUGUACCACAUUAAGUGUCAAUAAGUGUCAAUUAAGUUCCCCUUUGAAUUCUGUGAUCAAUUGUGAAUUAAAUUUGCAAACUAUUUAACCAAAGAACAUGCAUGAAAUGUUAUUCAAUGUAAAAUAGUCUGUGUGACAGUACAGUUUUAGGAAACCUAACACCUCCCCAAUGCCCACGUGAUAGUUCAGUGAAUAUUGAUUGGCUAUUUACUGGUUUCAUAAUCAUGUGGUAGUCAGUUAAAAUAGUUACACUGUUUACUGGUAACACAAAAUUGGGCUGCACAUUAGUACAGAGAUCAUAGCACUCUUAGCUGUUUAUCGGAUUUGUUCCUGUUAAGUUAAACACCUUUUUAAAAAAGGUAAACUUUAAAUCAACCUCUGUGUUUGUGGAAUAGGUUGCUAUAUUGACAGAGAUACAUUGAGUAUUUUUACUUGCAAAUACAAAUUGCAGUUUGCGUUUUACUAAUACACUACAAAAUGGCAUCAUUUUCUCAGUCUUCUAUUGAGGAGGGUUCUGAUUUCGUUCCUGAAUAUUUAUGUAAUGGUAGUGCCUGCAAAGACAAGAGCACUGUGAUGAAUGCUGAGGUUUACUGUGAAACGUGUGACAAGUUCUUCUGUAAGAAGUGUUGUGGCUUACAUGACCAUUUGUUUACAGGUCAUAAUGUUCUUGGAAAGGAACAUGAAAAUAAAUGGUCUGUAUCCAAUGAGAAAGACAGCACAUCACAGAAAUUGAAAGUGGACUCCAGUAGACCUCAACCAGGUAAUAAGGACCCCUCAAAGAAUCGUGUGUUGAAAAAAAUUGCAGCUUUUGCGCAGCGAGUUUCUAAGACUUUUAAAGCAGUAGAAAUGCCUGCCAAGAAACCUUCCCAGGGUCAGGAGACCAUCAGGCCAAGCAGGGACGCCUUCACAGCUGGUGCACAAUGGCACGUAUCCAGCGACAAUGUGUCUGGUAGGAGGGCUGGCUGGAAUGAUGACAAGAAAAAUCCAAUGAGAGAAGGCACAUUCACGAGUCGACUUUCGUUGCCAGGGAAUAAACGCCAAGCGCCAUCUGUACCACUACAAAAUUACAAUAACAUCCAUGCUGCCACUCAGCCAUCUCAGGUCAUGCCUUCUCAGCCCCGCCCCACUGGGGACCCCUUUGGGGCUCGUAUUCCAAACAGUAGCUACGGCAAUCCGGGGCAGCAACCAUACCAGUCGUCCAGUGAUGUGAGGGUACCCCAGCAGACUCAGCCGUAUAACCCUACGGAUGCUGAGAAAGACCAGUCAGAAUUAUUAAAGAAAGACGAGCUUCGAAAUCAGGUGAGCAACCUAGAGCGUCGUCUGCAGCAGUUGGAGGUUGAACAGGUUAGGAAUGAGAAAGAGCAAGAGAACCGUCGUCUGGAGGAGCAGCGAGUGCGAAUGCAGCUUGAGUAUGAGGAGGAGAAGAAGAAGAUUAAGGCUAGAGAGGAGGAGUUGAACAACCGAGAACGUCAUCUAGAAGAGCAGCGAGUGAGUAUGCAGCUCAAGUAUGAAGAGGCACAGAAGAAGAUUAAGGCUAGAGAGGCAGAGGUACUAAAGCGUCAAGCAGACGAAAUGAAGAAGGAAGCAAAACAGAAGCGGCGAGAAGCAGAUGACGAGAAAUUGAGAAAGCAGCAGGAACAGAUAGAGCGGAAAAGAAGGGAGCUGAAACAGGGCCUCAAACCAUAUACUGCAUCCAGUGUGGGGGCAAGCUGGAAUCCAGCAGGCAACCUGCAUUCCAGGGAGUCCACUGAGAAACAAGACUACCAUAAUGAGAAACCUUGGUGGUUAAAACUGCAGUUCACAAGGUCUGUGCAGGGGAAUCCAGACAAGGUAUUCACUGUCCAGUGGAAGUCUACCCACAAUGUGAGAAUACAAAGUGAUACAUGCAAUUGUGAAAUCAGAGCCAUCUGUGUCCUCCCAGAUGGAAAGGUCCUGGUUGCAGACCGCAGUAAUAAGAAAGUCAAGCUGCUGGACCAGCAGUACCAGGUGUUUAGUCACUGUGGUGUGACUGACCCUGUAGAGGACAUGUGUCUCAUCACACCCAAAAAGGUUGCAGUGGCUGUGUCUGGUGAUAGUAAAAAACAUGAGGUCCAGUUUAUCACAGUCACACAGAGCAAGCUAGUUUCUGGCAGGAAGUUUGGGUUACAACAUGAAUGUAUGGGUAUUGCGCACUACAAGGGUGACCUGUUUAUCUGCUCUGGUGAAGCACUGUUCAAGUACACACUGAGUGGCAAACAGGUCUGCAGACUUUAUGAGGAUCAAUCAGAUAGAUUGAGAGUUGGAUUAUAA